UUCAUUUUCUCUCUCAAGAGUUGUUACAGCAGCUUGUGACUAGUCGGCGCUCUCCUCUCCUCUUUCAGUCUCUACAGUGCAGCUACGCCUCUCUCCUGUCUCGGCAGCAGCGGCGGUAGUGUGUAGUAGUAAUCUGCCUGCCGCGCUCUGAGCUCGCAUUUUGUGUCACGGUGCCACCGGGAGAGGGGCGACAGACUGCUGCGCGUCAGGGGACACCAGUCACCAUCCGCACGGUUCAAGCGACAUCCCGCCGCGGGCAAUGACAUUGGCAGACUGAAGUGGGAAUACACGACAAAACGCAAAAAUGACGGUGGACUUUGAAGAAUGUAUCAAAGAUUCCCCCCGAUUCAGGGCUGGCAUUGACGAUGUGGAGACAGACGUGGUGGAGAUCGAGGCGAAGCUCGACAAGCUGGUGAAGCUGUGCAGUGGGAUGAUCGAGGCGGGCAGGGCCUACGUCAGCGCCAACAAGCUCUUUGUGAACGGCAUCAAGGACCUGUCCCAGCAGUGCAAGAAGGAGGAGAUGAUAUCGGAAUGCCUUGAAAAGUGCGGAGAAAGCCUCCAGGAGAUCGUCAACUACCACAUGAUUUUGUUUGACCAGGCUCAGAGGUCGAUCAAGCAGCAGCUUCACACCUUCAUUAAAGAGGAUGUGCGCAAGUUCAAGGACACCAAGAAGCAGUUUGACCGGGUGCGUGAGGACAUGGAGCUGGCUCAGGUGAAGAACGCCCAGGCACCCAGGAACAAAGUCCAUGAGGCUGAGGAGGCCACACAGGCCCUCAUCCUCAGCCGCAAGGCCUUUAGGCACCUGGCCCUGGACUACGUACUACAGAUUAAUGUGCUUCAGGCCAAGAAGAAGUUUGAAAUCCUGGAUGCAAUGCUGUCCUUCAUGCGUGCCCAGUACACUCUUUUCCAACAAGGCUUCAACAUCUUGGAUGAGAUUGACCCCUAUAUGAAAAAAUUAGCUGCACAGCUGGAUCAGCUGGUCAUCGACUCGGCCAUGGAGAAGAGGGAGUUGGAGCACAAACAUGCCCUCAUCCAGCAGAGAACGCUGAUGCAGGACUUUUCCUACGAUGACCCCAAGUUGGAAUUCAAUGUGGAUGCGCCCAAUGGUGUCGUCAUGGAGGGCUACCUCUUUAAGAGGGCCAGCAACGCUUUCAAGACCUGGAACAGGCGGUGGUUUUCUAUACAAAACAGCCAGCUCGUCUAUCAAAAGAAACUCAAGGACUCUUUGACAGUUGUGGUGGAGGACUUGAGGCUGUGCUCAGUCAAACCAUGUGAAGAUAAUGAGAGGAGGUUCUGCUUUGAGGUGGUUUCACCCACUAAGAGCUGCAUGCUGCAGGCUGAGUCUGAGAAGCUGCGGCAGGCAUGGAUCCAGGCAGUCCAGGCAAGCAUCGCUUCUGCUUACAAAGACAUCGCAGACAACUAUUACAUUGAGCGUUUAGACCGGACAGCCUCGCCCUCCACUAGCAGCAUCGACUCUGCCAGCGAGCCCAGAGAGAGGGGGGAGAGGGCGGAUAAGGGAGUUCGGGGAGGGGGAGAAAGCCUGCUCCAGAGGGUACAGACCCUGCCAGGAAAUGAACUGUGCUGUGACUGCAGCCAAACCGCUCCGUGCUGGGCCUCCAUCAACCUUGGAGUGCUGCUCUGCAUCGAGUGCUCAGGGAUCCACAGGAGUUUAGGCGUACACUGUUCUAAAGUGCGUUCACUAACGCUAGACUCAUGGGAGCCAGAAUUACUCAAGCUAAUGUGUGAACUGGGGAACACUGUGAUCAACCAGAUUUAUGAGGGAGCCUGUGAGGAGCUUGGCGUGAAAAAACCUGGACCGUCCAGUUCAAGACAAGAGAAAGAGGCCUGGAUCAAGUCUAAAUACGUGGAGAAACGCUUCCUAAAGAAGAUGAGUGGGAGCGAAGCAUUGGUGGAGGGUGAAAGAAAGUCCCGACCCUGGACAGUGAAGAAGUGCCAGCGACACAACAGCUCUGUUCGGGCCCCCAAUAAGGCUCGCAGGAAAUACCACCGCUAUGAGCCCGGCAGCGCCUCACCUGCAAAUCUCUCUGCAGCAGCCGCAGCAAAGUUUCGCCGGGACUCCCUGUUCUGUCCAGAUGAGCUGGACUCACUUUUUUCCUACUUUGACACUGGCUCUGGUCCUCGCAGUCUUAGCAGUGACAGUGGUCUGGGAGGAAGUACCGAUGGCAGCACUGACAUCCUGGUGUUUGGCUCAGUGGUGGACAGCGUCACAGAAGAAGAGGAGGAGUCAGAGGAGUCCUCCAGCGGUGAGGUGGAAAUUGAACAGGAAGUGUCUUCAGACCCCGAGGACCCAAGGGAGCUCCAUCCGGGGGCGCUCCUCCACCGAUCCUCCCGUCUCCACAACCUGCCACUUAUGGCGGAGGCAUUGGCGCAUGGGGCUGAUGUACACGCUGCAACUGAGGAGGAGGAGGGAAAAACGCCACUCAUUCAAGCCGUGAUUGGGGGCUCUCUCAUAGCUUGUGAGUUCCUGCUUCAGAACGGAGCUGAUGUGAACCAGAGAGACAUGAGGGGGAGGGGCCCUCUGCAUCACGCCACCUACCUGGGACACACUGGCCAGGUGUGUCUGUUCCUGAAGAGAGGAGCAUCACAGACAGAGGUGGACGAGCAGGGUCAUGACCCUCUAAGCAUCGCUGUCCAGGCUGCCAACGCAGACAUCGUCACCCUAUUGCGUCUUGCGCGGAUGAACGAGGAGAUGCGAGAGGCGGAGGCCCCCUUGGGACAACCAGGUCAAUAUCCCAGCAGCAGCCCCACUGAGCAGCAGUAUAGGAAGUGCAUCCAGGAAUUCAUCUGCCUCACCAUAGAAGAAUGCUAGUGGUCAAUUAUGUAUCCAGGAGCAUAACUCGUGCUCUCUCUCUCUCUCUCUAUACACUAUGUAUGUGUAUGUAUAUAUAUAUACACACAUAUACCUACACUGAUCAGCCACAACAUUAAAACCACCUGCCUAAUAUUGUGUAAGUCCCCCUUGUGCCACCAAAACAACUCUGACCUCUCGAGGCAUGGACCCCACAAGACCUCUGAAGGUGUUCUCUGGUAUCUGGCACCAAAACGUCAGCAGCAGAUCCUUUAAGUGCUGUAAGUUGCGCAGUUGGGCCUUUAUGGAUUGGAAUUGUUGUUCCAGCACAUCCCACAGAUGCUCUAUUGGAUUGAGAUCUGGGGAAUUUGGAGGCCAAGGCAACACCUUGAACUCUUUGUCAUGUUCCUCAAACCAUUCCUGAACAAUUUUUGUGGUGUGUCAGGGCGCAUUAUCCUGCUGAAAGAGGUCACUGCCAUCAGGGAAUACCGUUGCAUCCACAUGAAUGCCAGGACCCAAGGUUUCCCAGCAGAACAUUGCCCAGAGCAUCACACUGCCUCUGCAGGUUUGCCCUUUUCCCAUAGUACAUCCUGGUGCUAUCUCUUCCCCACGUAAACAAUGCACCAGGCCACCUUAUUCCAUUGCGCCAUGGUCCAGUUCUGAUGCUCACGUGCCUAUUGUAGGUGCUAUCGGUGGUACACAGGGGUCAGUAUAGGCACUCUGACCUCUGACAGCCUAGCCUUCGCUUCCCAUGCAUAUCAAUGAGCCUUGGGUGACUAUGAGCAUGUCAUCGGUUCACCGGUUUUCCUUCCUUGGACCACAUUUGGUAGGUACUGACCACUGUAAAGUGGGAACACCCCACAAGACCUGCUGUUUUGGAGAUGCUCUGACCCAGCCAUCACAAUUUGGCCCUUGUCAAAGUUGCUCAGAUCCUUACGCUUGCCCGUUUUUCCUGCUUCCAACACAUCAACUUCAAGAACUGACUGUUCACUUGCUGCCUAAUAUAUCCCACCCCUUGACAGGUGCCAUUGUAAUGAGAUAAUCAGUGUUAUUCACCUCACCUGUCAGUGGUUUUAAUGUUGUGGCUGAUCGGUGGUAUAUACCUUCUAACUGGGAAUCUAAAAUAAUCGUGUAGGAGAAGUUGCCCUGAUCUCAAGUCUUUUACUUAUGUAGAUCAAGGCUUAUGGGUAACUUCUUGGGAACAGGGCGUCUGAAGAGAGAGAGCCACUCACUUAAUGUGGGGGUGCCUCGUGUCAUAGGGAGACCCCUGAUGGACCUAACUCUACUGACAAUACAGUCAUCACCUCCAUUUUUUCUGCAUCGCCACUACAUUUCUGCUUGCCAUUUUACUCGGCACCACCCAUGCAAUGCUCGCUACAUCACACACAAAGUAAAAUGACAUCUGCUUUUUGGUGUUUUGUUAACAAAGUUAUCCUCUAACUUAUCAUAAUGUGGUGUGACCUCUCGUGUGAGGGUGUGGGUUUACUGUUGCCUAACAGCUCUUACCUCUGAAGAAUCUCGCUGCAUUAACCCUCUACACUUUAUAUCUAUCCGAACCAUCUAUGUACCCAUCUCUUCUUAAUUGGAGAUGUAAAUAUGCAUAUUCAGAAGUUAUAUGGGUAAUCUUUAAACUAUGUACUGUGGCAUGAGGUGAAAAAAUGGUAUUUGUUCCAUUAUUAAAAGAAAUAGAGUAACUGACAAGCUACAGUAGAGGCAGGCAGAGUAGUUUACUGUGUAUAGAGCGAGGUCAGGAAGGGAAAUAAAAUGUAAAACUGUGACAAAAAUGCUGAAGGGCUUUCAGGGGGAAAAGACCCUUGCCUGCUUUGUAAGAUACUUUGUGACAUGACGAGUGAGUGAGCGAGUGAGUGAGUGAACAGGAGAGUAAAUGAGCGCAUGUGUCAAAGAAUACUGAGAGACAGAGUAAAAUAAUAUGCUAUUAUGAUACAUUAUGUAAAGGAAAAAAGAAACUGUGCACUUUUCCCAUCUACAGUAUUAUAAUUUUGUUUAUUUUCAUUCAGUUAGUGUGGCUCUUUUAUUUGUACAUUGUUUUUGUCCACUAAAGUUACUAUCUAUCUAUCUGUUGUCUAUUUUAUUUCUGUCUUUUUAUUUAUGUUUAUCUCCCCAGAGGACCAGUGCAAUGCAUUCUUGGGUGCAGUUUACAUCUGCAUUUCUGUUAAUGAUUGUUAUUUUAAUAUCAAAGCAUUCAUUGGAAUUACUGACAGGAAGUCUUUAUAUCACAUCAUGUAAUAACACUCAUAAAAGGCAUUUUGCUUUUGUUUUCUCUUUGGAACGGCCUUACGUUUCUAUAUAUAUUGUAAUCAGCAUUCCAACACUGAUAGCUUAUCAAAGGAAAUCCUAGUUAUGUAUUCCGUUUUUAUUUCACUAAUUGCAGUCGUUCAUUGUUUACUAGUGAGGAUGAGAAUUGGGUCAAUUGUGAAGGUGAUGUGCAGACAAACCAGAGCAGCAAGAACUAAGUCUCCGGGCAGUGCAGUUAGGAAGUGUAUAAAACUGGAUUUGCAUCUCACCCUUAAACAUUUCUUUUGUUUGCCGCUCUUUACAGAACAAAGGUGACUUUAUUGGUAUAUAACCACAACUCCAUUUUGCUGUAAAUACUCAUCCAUGUUACAAUAUCUGUGGUGAGAUUAUAGAGCACAUUUUAGUGCAGUUUACACACUUGUGGGGUGAAAGGACUCAUGUCUUCCCUUGCUGGUCAAUGCUUUCAGUAAACUCUGCAUGCUUUGCCAGAAUUGUUUUUGGGAAGGUCAACAUGAUUUGCAUUCUUAGCAUGAUAAGAUAUUUUUCUAUGGUUUGAUCACUUCGUGCAGUGCAGUCCUGUGAAAUAAGCAUGUACCACCAUGAUCCCUCUGGUGUCAGAUGUUCCUUCCUUUUUGCACCUCUCUGCCAUUCUUCCGACCACAAACCAAGUCUUUGGUUUAUCUUCAUCAUUUCUGUCUUUUUUUUUGUUUCUACAAACGCUUAUAAACAGUAAUUUUAAUUAUUAUUUUUGUAAUGUUGUGGUUUUAUUUUCCUCUGCCAAAGACUUUUUAAAGGGAAAGUGUCUGACAUUGUUGUAUGAUAUCACCGUUUUUUAAAAACUGAAACUGUUGAGAGUAGAUACAGCAUAGUCUUACCAUGCUUUGUGAAGUGACAGAGUGGUAGAAACACUGUUGGUGUACUCACAUGUUCAAAAGAGGUUACAGAAAUGUGACUGACCUGAGUUCAAUGUACUGCAAGAAGUAGAACCAGUCUAGGGGGUGAUGUGAAGCUACUGUGACCAAACUGUUAAGGGCUCUCGCCCUAGCAGAAGUAUUAAAUGUUGUGUCCUUUGUGUUUAUUGACAUUGGAGUGGUUGAAGGUGCUGUCUCAAAGAAAACAUGCUGUAAAUAGUACACUUAUGUAUUUUAACUCGACGCCAACUGCCUGCCUCUCAGCAUUCAAUCACGGAUCCUGACUGUCUGAUCUGUUCUAUGUUUGUCUUUUUAUUCUCUUCCAAAACAACCUGUCAGGCAGAACUGUAACACAGUUCUGCAUUACUUGGAGUUGUUCUUCUGUUCACUGACAUUUGGAUAUCUUUGGAAUACUUUCUUCCUUGUCUUUAGAAGCACUGAGGGGAAAAAAAGAAAACAAAAUGCAUACAAUAAAACUGAGAAACUCUUGAUGAACUAACCCUGCUUCCUGCUUUUUGCUCCUCAUUUCUGUCUCCUCUCUUAUGUAUAACAUUCUCUCAACAUCACAGCAAUACUUGGAAGAGGUUUAAGCUAAUUGCUCUAAAUUAUGAAUUAAUACAAUUCUAAUUGUUUGCAGAAACAUAGCUAUGUUGAAACCUUGCCAGGUGUUGGGAGAAUGCUACAAUCUGGUUGGGUGUAUCUUUUGGUCUAAAACAAACUUUUGGGUUGCACUUGGCUUAUUCAAAGCAGUAAAACCUUAAUGAUAACAAAUAUAAAGGAGGUGCAGAAUGUCAACACUAUACCUAUUUAUAUGCCAUUAUUUAAAGAUGACUUUAGUCUUUAGGGUAUCAAAUAGUGUCUGAGUUUCUAGCCUGUAGCAGCAACACUGUGCCUUGAAUAAUUCAGUGUCUCCAGUGUGUAAAACAUUUAUGUGAUCUCACAAGCAUUGUUACACCAUCUCUGAAAAAUGUUCUCACAUGCCAGAAAUGUCUAAUUCCUCACCUUACAUUAAAGGAGAACAACAAAUAUCCAACUGGGUAAAUAAACACUGACUGACAUGUCAUUGCUUUUGUU